UACGAUUAUCUCUUCAAGCUCCUCCUCAUCGGAGACUCCGGUGUUGGAAAGUCUUGCUUGCUGCUUCGAUUUGCCGACGACACCUACACCGAAAGCUACAUCUCGACUAUUGGUGUUGACUUCAAAAUCCGGACUAUCGAGCUCGAUGGCAAGACCGUGAAACUUCAGAUCUGGGACACUGCCGGCCAGGAACGCUUCCGUACCAUCACCUCCUCCUACUACCGUGGUGCCCACGGUAUCUGCGUUGUUUAUGAUGUGACCGACAUGGACUCCUUCAACAACGUCAAGCAGUGGCUUCAGGAGAUUGACCGAUAUGCCACCGAGGGUGUCAACAAGCUGCUCGUCGGCAACAAGAGCGAUAUGGAGGACAAGAAGGUCGUGGAGUACACUGUGGCGAAGGAGUUUGCCGACAGCCUCGGAAUUCCUUUCCUCGAGACCUCUGCCAAGAACGCAUCCAACGUCGAGCAGGCAUUCUUGACGAUGGCCCGACAGAUCAAGGAGCGCAUGGGAACGGCCACUGUCAACAACAAGCCCACCGUGCAAGUUGGCCAGGGCCAGGGCGUCCAGUCUGGAUCCGCAGGCGGCUGCUGCUAG